AUGACAGUUACUCCAUCCUUCCGCGAACAUACUGUGGUCAAUGUUUCAGUGCCCACAUUCAAUGCAGCAGACAGGCUCAAUAUCCUUGAGCAUCGUUUGGACCGUGUUCCCUCUGGUGCCGAGUACACAGUUCAGACUGUCUACCGAAACAAUGUACCAUUCUUCACAGUGUCCAUGGACCCUACCUCUGUCCAUACCUUGAAUGACAUUGGAAAUGCCCUACUGAUGAGGAACGCCCUAUCGAUUCCAAACGAUUACCGUUUCAACUCUUCAACGACACCUUUCUUCCUUAAUGCAACCCUAUUUUUGCUUAUUGAACCAAUGGCAGAUUUCCUUUCACGUUCCUUGAAUAUAACAGCAUGGAGCGAAGGAGAUCCCACUACCCCAGAUAAAGAUGGCUUCGAGUAUUGUGAUCUAUAUACAGAUCUUCAGGGCGAUGACUUUAUCCAAAGCCCUGACCCUAAUGAUGUGCCGAUACUGCACUCCUUCACGGGAACUAGUCUAUCCAACCUGUCCCUUACAGACAUGAGAAACAAACAAUUCUCGGUAAAUGAGAGCCUCCUCAAUACCCUAUUGGGUAAUAUCACCGUGUCGAUUAUCCCCUUCAAGAAUCUCUGGAGCACGAAGGUUAAUCUAACAGACAAUAUCAUGGUCAACGUAUACUCGCUUUCUCAACCAUUGAACAUCAUCCUGCCUUACUCCCUCACCCUCUUUGUUGGUCUUCUUAGCCUUUUGCUAGGGUUAUACUCACUACGGGAGAAUGGCGUUUCCGCAAUGGAUGGCGGCUUCCUCCAGAUUCUUACUACCACUCGGGGAAGCCCGAAUAUUGACCGAGUUGCCCGUGAUGGCUGUCCUGGGGGCGGCGAGAAUAUACCCUCUGCACUGAAGGAGAUGCGGAUCCGAUAUGGGGAGCUAAUUCCGCAGAUACCGGAGGUGUGGAUUCGGUACUGA